AUGGCUAGGCAAAGUUGUGGAGCAUUGAUAUUUCUUGCUUGUUUAAGUUUGACUGCUGGAAGCUUGUGCCUCCCUGCUGUUCUAGUUGCCGGGUCUAAUGGUUACGGAAAUUAUAGGCACCAGGCUAAUGUAUGCCAUGCAUACCAAAUACUGAAGAAAGGUGGACUGAAAGAUGAGUACAUCAUUGUUUUCAUGUAUGAUGAUAUUGUGUUCAACACGGAAAAUCCUAGACAAGGUGUCAUCAUCAACAAACCAAAAGGCCAUGAUGUUUAUAAAGGAGUUCCCAAGGAUUAUACAGGGGAUGAUGUUAACGCAGACAAUCUUUAUGCUGUUAUUCUUGGAAACAAAAGUACCCUCAGUGGAGGUAGUGGGAAGGUUCUGCGUAGCGGUCCAAAUGACCAUAUUUUCAUAUGUUACACUGACCAUGGUGCUGCAGGAUUACUUGGGAUGCCUACUGGUACUCCUUCGGUUUUCGCAAUAGACCUCAUAGAUGUGCUCAAGAAGAAGCAUGCUGCUAAAUGUUACAAAAGCAUGGUAUUUUACCUUGAAGCUUGUGAGUCUGGGAGUAUAUUUGAAGGCCUCCUUCCAAAGAAUGUAAGUAUUUAUGCUACUACAUCAGCAAAUGCAGAAGAGGAUGGUUACUUUGUUGUUGUGUUCCACAAUGCUCCUGCUGGCUCUCAUACCAAACUGGAAGCCCAAAAGCAGCUGCUCGAUGAAAUUGCUCACAGGAAACUUGCCUCGGGGCAACCUCUAGUAGAUGAUUGGGAUUGCUUCAAGAUGCUUAUGAGGACUUAUGAGAACAACUGUGGACCUUUAUCAAAUUAUGGAAUGAAAUACACGCGAGCUAUUGCCAACAUGGGCAACGCUGGGGUAACCACAGAGAAUAUGGCUGCAGUGUCUGAUCAAACUUGUUCUAAGAAACCCGAUGUCCAGAACUUCCUUUCCGAUCAAACGAAGUAA